AUGGCUGCGCCCAGAGGAGCGUCCACCUCCACCUCCACCUCCACCUCCAGCCCGGGCGGGUUUCAAGGUUUCCCGUUCGCCGUGGCUGCAAAACCGGCGGAGGACGGCUCCGGUAGAGAGCAGGAGCAGACCGGGGACGUGAAGAAGAAGCCGUGCAGAGCGUGCACUGACUUUAAAUCAUGGAUGAAGGUCCAGAAGAAACAGACUCCAGCUGCUGUACAGGAGACCCAAUCUGCAGAGUCAGAGCCACAAGACCCACAAUGUCCGCUGGACAGGGAGGAAUUGGGGCGUAACACCUGGUCCUUUCUGCACACGAUGGCAGCGUAUUACCCCGAUAGUCCAUCUUCUACGCAGCAGAAAGAGAUGGGGCAAUUCAUCAACCUGUUCUCCAAGUUCUUCCCGUGUGAUGAAUGUGCAGAAGACCUCAGGGGCAGAUUGAAAGCCAAUCAGCCGGAUACCAGGAAUCGCCACUCUCUCUCUCAGUGGCUCUGUCAUAUCCACAAUGACAUUAACGUCCGGCUGGGAAAGCCAGAGUUCGACUGCUCCCGCGUCGAUGAGAGGUGGAAAGAUGGAUGGAAAGAUGGUUCCUGUGACUGAUCGAUGAGAGGUGGAAUGAUGGAUGGAAAGAUGGUUCCUGUGACUGAUCGAUGAGAGGUGUGAAGACCGAGCUGAGACCUAAGAGGAAAAAUGAUUUCUGUCAGUGUAAAACUUUGAGUGGGAACUCCACAAAGUGGAGCUCAUACAUCUGUGGUGGAGAAACUUAACUUGAAGAGAGAGAGGCUAUGCUGUGCACUUAAAAUUCUUGUUUUGUGAUUAGUUACUAAAACUGAUCUAGUAAUAAAAUUAACAAAACAAAACAAACAGGUUUACCUCUCUGUUUCUCAGGUGAGAACCCAAACUAAUGCUUAAGUUUCACUGAUUUUGGUAAUUGGGGAGUUUUAAAAGAUUGCAAUACAAAUGUCUAAAUCAAUUUUACAUUAAAUCUUGUGUUUGUUGACUAAUAAAGCCCUGGUUUGUCUGUUAAAGCAGAAAGUUAAUUACAAUCGGGCCAUAGAAAUGUUGUUUCCUGGUUUGUUCUGAAGUCUUGUUUAACCCAGAAAAAUCCCCACAACAAUAAAUAUCACAUCCUUAAAUGUGAGAAUAAUAAAUAUUAUUCAAAUCUAAUUUUGUCAGUGAUUAAUUGGAGCUAUCACUUAUAUAAUAGUUUGUAAUAUGU